AUGCCCGUCCACCACCUCAUGGUCGGCACCUGGACGCCGCCAGGAGCAAUCUUCACUUUCGCCUUUGACGACCAAAAGCUCACCGUCGAGCUCAUCAAGCGGACACCAAUCCCUGAAGAUGAACCCAUUUCCUGGAUGACUUUCGAUCACUCCAAAAAGAACAUCUACGGCGCCGCCAUGAAGAAAUGGUCCAGCUUCGCCGUCGAAUCCCCCACAACCAUCACCCACCAAGCCUCCCACCCAAUGCUUCAUCAACCCGAAGCGUCGUCGCCGUCCACCAACACACGUGCCAUCUUCCUCCUGGCCGCCAAGCAGCCACCCUACGCAGUAUACUGCAACCCGUUCUACAGCCACGCCGGCCACGGCACCGUCUUCGCCUCAUCCCCCUCGGGAGCCCUCGACACCGCCGUCCAGCACUACGCCUACCAGCCCGACUCAGGCAUCCACGGCAUGGUCUUCGACCCGUCAGAAACCUACCUCUACUCCGCAGACCUCAAGGCCAACAAGCUCUGGGUUCACCGGCGCCUGGCGGAAGCGCCCUCGCCCCCCCAGAGCGCGACUCUCGAGCUCGUCGGCAGCGUGGAAUGCCCCGACGCCAGAGACCACCCCCGCUGGGUGGCCAUGCACCCCUCGGGGAACUACCUGUACGCCCUCAUGGAGAAGGGCAACCGGCUCUGCGAGUACCUCAUUGAUCCCGCGACGCACAUGCCCGUCUACACGCACAGGCAGUACCCCCUCAUCCCGCCUGGCAUUCCCGACCCCUGGACCAUGUAUCGUGCCGAUGUGUGCUCGCUGUCUCACUCGGGCGAUUAUCUGUUUGCCACCUCGAGGGCAAACGCGUUUGAUUUGACAGGCUACAUUGCCGCCUUUAAGCUGGCCAAGAACGGCGCCAUCGAGAGACAGAUAUGCCUGAACCCUACACCCACCAGUGGCGGUCACAGCAAUGCCGUCGCCCCCAGUGACUGGUGCGAUGACUGGGUGGCCAUCACCGAUGACCAGGAAGGCUGGCUGGAGAUUUAUCGCUGGCAGGAUGAGUUUUUAGCGCGCGUUGCUAGAGUGAGAGUGCCUGAGCCAGGAUUCGGCAUGAAUGCCAUUUGGUAUGAUUGA